AUGUCAGUGAUGGAAAACCUUGUCAAUGCCUCCUGGCCUCACCAGCAGGAACUGGAAGACCCGUGGAAGUCCCUGAACAGCACCGAGGAUUACCUGGCCUACCUGUGUGGACCAAGGCGCAGCCACAUGUUUCUCCCCAUGACCGUAGUGUAUGCGCUGAUUUUCGUAGUGGGCGUCAUCGGCAACCUCCUAGUGUGCCUCGUGAUCCUUCGAGACCAGAUGAUGAAGACACCAACCAACUACUACCUGUUUAGCUUGGCUGUCUCAGACCUCCUGGUCCUGCUCCUCGGAAUGCCCCUGGAAGUCUACGAAAUGUGGCACAGCUACCCCUUCCUCUUUGGGCCUGUGGGCUGCUACUUCAAGACUGCGCUCUUUGAGACUGUGUGCUUCGCCUCCAUCCUCAGCGUCACCACAGUCAGCGUGGAGCGCUAUGUGGCCGUCCUCUAUCCCUUCCGUGCCAAGCUGGAGAGCACCAGGCAGCGGGCCCUGUGCAUCCUCGCCAUGGUCUGGGGCUUCUCCAUCAUCUUCUCUCUGCCCAACACGAGCGUCCACGGCAUCAAGCUCCACUACUUCCCCAAUGGGUCCUUCAUCCCUGGCUCUGCCACCUGCACGGUCAUCAAGCCCAUGUGGAUCUACAACUUCAUCAUCCAGGUCACCUCCUUCCUCUUCUACCUCAUCCCCAUGACCCUUAUCAGUGUCCUCUACUGCCUUAUGGGGCUCCAACUGAAGAAAGAUGAAUCCCUUGAAGCAGAUGAAGUGAAUGCGAAUAUUCAGAGGCCUUCCAGAAAAUCAGUAAACAAGAUGCUGUUUGUCUUGGUCUUAGUGUUCGGCAUUUGUUGGACGCCAUUCCACGUCGAUCGACUCUUCUUCAGCUUUGUGGAGGAGUGGACCGAACCCCUGGCUGCAGUGUUUAAUCUCUUCCACGUGGUAUCAGGUGUAUUCUUCUACCUGAGUUCUGCUGUCAACCCUAUUAUCUAUAACCUACUGUCUCGCCGCUUCCAGGCAGCAUUCCGGAAUCUGUUCUCCUCUGCCUGCAGAAGGUUCCACCUCCAGGAUCACCCACAAGGGCCAGGAGCCCAGCAGGAUAUCUUCCUCGUAGAUUGCCGCCUUGUGGAGCUGACUGAAGAAGCAGGUCCCCAGGUUGCUGGCCGGCCAGCCACCUGCAACUCUCCCCUGUCCACAGCCCUGUCCAUGGAGUAG